CAUUCAGACAGGUUCCGCAAACAUGCUUUCCAUACGUUCAUUCUUUAACCCUCCCUUGGUAUUCUUGGCCUUACUUCUCCCCCUAGCAGCCGGGCAACUAUGCCAGCUCCAAUUUGACGGCCGGAUUCCAGACGAUCUAGCCACCACCGAUCUUGAUGUACCCAACGAUAUCUUCAGCGAGACUUUUGUUAUCGGCCAAGGACUCUCCUUUAGCCAAGCGCUGCGGCUGCUGCCCGUCGACACCGGGUCAUUGCCUGUUGCUGUGUCAAUUAGCGAUCAGUCCAUCUUUCAGAACCAAGUCGCCUUCCGCCGCGCUGAACUCAUCCCUGCAAGUAAUGACGGUACCGAUGCGAGCACCCAGGGGGUCAAAACACUGCACUUCAGUGUCCUGAAGGACAAUGACCGACCAUUGAAUCUAUCGCACGAGUAUCAGCUCGUGUUUCUUGAGAGCCAGGACUUCAGCACCAACCAGUUCGUGUUGAAGACGGGAACCAUCCUAGGACAGGACACGGCAGACCCAGACACUCUACAACUAUUCGGCAACGUCAACCAGGGCGAACUCCUCUUCAGCACUCCGUUUACCGCCAACGUCUUCCACAACUUUGCGCUAAAUCUAGACUUUGAUCAACUCACAACCCAAGUCUUCUUCUCCACUGGGGAAGAUGCGCUUGUUUCAGUCACCGACGUGAUUCAGAACGACGUUAGCGGCCAAGGCCAGUUUCAUUUCGGGGUCCUCAAAAAGCCCGUUGACGGAGUGGGCGAUAUCACCCAGAACGGCUUCCAGCCAGAUGGAAUCGAGGAGGGUUUGGUUUUCGGGGGAAUAUUCCAGGAGGAUAGCGCAGACGGUUGCGUUAGUCUGUCACCGUAAGGCCAAGCUUUGUUGCGUUAGAUACACGGGAAAAGCGGAGGAUGAAUUGGUCAUAUCAUUGUAUUCGGAUGCGCACAGUCACUACAUGUAGCCACAGCGUUCGCCCUG